CCGCGCAGGCUACUCCAGUUCCUGGCGUACGGCGCGGCCAUUCGUACCGCCGCCGGCGCCGCCGCCGUCAUGGGUUUCCUGAAACUGAUUGAGAUUGAGAACUUUAAGUCGUACAAGGGGCGACAGAUUAUCGGACCAUUUCAGAGGUUUACCGCCAUCAUCGGACCCAAUGGCUCUGGUAAGUCAAAUCUCAUGGAUGCCAUCAGUUUUGUAUUGGGCGAAAAAACCAGCAACCUGCGAGUAAAGACCCUGAGGGAUCUGAUCCAUGGAGCUCCUGUGGGCAAGCCAGCUGCCAACCGGGCCUUUGUCAGCAUGGUCUACUCUGAGGAGGGUGCUGAGGACCGCACCUUUGCCCGUGUUAUUGUUGGGGGUUCCUCUGAGUACAAGAUCAACAACAAAGUGGUCCAGCUACACGAGUACAGUGAGGAAUUAGAGAAGUUGGGCAUUCUCAUCAAAGCUCGUAACUUCCUCGUCUUCCAGGGUGCUGUGGAAUCCAUUGCCAUGAAGAACCCUAAAGAGAGGACAGCGCUAUUUGAAGAGAUCAGUCGCUCUGGAGAGCUGGCCCAGGAGUAUGACAAGCGAAAGAAGGAAAUGGUAAAAGCUGAAGAGGACACACAAUUUAAUUACCAUCGCAAGAAAAACAUCGCAGCUGAACGCAAGGAGGCCAAACAAGAGAAAGAAGAGGCUGACCGCUACCAGCGCCUGAAGGACGAGGUGGUGCGAGCUCAGGUCCAGCUGCAGCUCUUUAAGCUGUAUCACAACGAAGUGGAAAUCGAGAAGCUCAAUAAGGAGCUGGCCUCUAAGAAUAAGGAGAUCGAGAAAGACAAGAAGCGCAUGGACAAGGUAGAGGAUGAGCUGAAGGAGAAGAAGAAGGAGCUGGGCAAAAUGAUGCGGGAGCAGCAGCAGAUUGAGAAGGAGAUCAAGGAAAAGGAUUCAGAAUUGAACCAGAAGCGGCCUCAAUACAUCAAAGCCAAGGAGAAUACCUCCCACAAAAUCAAGAAGCUGGAAGCAGCCAAGAAGUCCCUACAGAAUGCUCAGAAGCAUUACAAGAAGCGUAAAGGUGACAUGGAUGAGCUGGAAAAGGAGAUGCUCUCGGUGGAAAAAGCCCGGCAGGAGUUUGAGGAACGGAUGGAAGAGGAGAGUCAGAGUCAGGGCAGAGACUUGACCCUGGAGGAGAAUCAGGUGAAGAAAUACCACCGGUUGAAAGAAGAAGCCAGCAAGAGAGCUGCUACUCUGGCCCAGGAGCUGGAGAAGUUCAAUCGAGACCAGAAAGCUGACCAGGACCGGCUAGAUCUGGAAGAGCGGAAGAAAGUAGAGACAGAGGCCAAGAUCAAGCAAAAGCUGCGGGAGAUUGAAGAGAAUCAGAAGCGGAUUGAGAAACUGGAGGAGUACAUCACGACUAGCAAGCAGUCUCUAGAGGAGCAGAAGAAGCUAGAGGGGGAGCUGACAGAGGAGGUGGAGAUGGCCAAGCGGCGUAUUGAUGAGAUCAAUAAGGAGCUGAACCAGGUGAUGGAGCAGCUGGGGGAUGCCCGCAUCGACCGCCAGGAGAGCAGCCGCCAACAGCGCAAGGCAGAGAUUAUGGAAAGCAUCAAACGUCUAUAUCCAGGCUCUGUGUACGGCCGCCUCAUUGACCUCUGCCAGCCCACACAAAAGAAGUAUCAGAUUGCUGUAACCAAGGUUUUGGGCAAGAACAUGGAUGCCAUCAUUGUGGACUCGGAGAAGACAGGCCGGGACUGUAUUCAGUACAUCAAGGAACAGCGUGGGGAGCCUGAGACCUUCUUGCCUCUUGACUACCUGGAGGUGAAACCUACAGAUGAGAAACUCCGGGAGCUGAAGGGGGCCAAGCUGGUGAUUGAUGUCAUUCGCUAUGAGCCACCUCACAUCAAAAAGGCCCUGCAGUACGCUUGUGGCAAUGCCCUUGUCUGUGACAAUGUGGAGGAUGCCCGCCGCAUUGCCUUUGGAGGCCAUCAGCGCCACAAGACAGUGGCACUGGAUGGGACCCUCUUCCAGAAGUCAGGAGUGAUCUCUGGUGGGGCCAGUGACCUGAAGGCCAAGGCGCGGCGCUGGGAUGAGAAAGCGGUAGACAAGUUGAAAGAGAAGAAGGAGAGGUUGACAGAGGAGCUGAAAGAGCAGAUGAAGGCCAAGCGGAAAGAGGCAGAGCUGCGCCAGGUGCAGUCUCAGGCCCACGGGCUGCAGAUGCGGCUCAAGUACUCACAGAGCGACCUGGAACAGACCAAGACACGCCAUCUAGCCCUGAAUCUGCAGGAAAAAUCCAAGCUGGAGAGUGAGCUAGCCAACUUUGGGCCUCGCAUCAAUGAUAUCAAGAGGAUCAUCCAGAGCCGAGAAAGGGAAAUGAAAGACUUGAAGGAGAAGAUGAACCAGGUAGAGGAUGAGGUGUUUGAAGAGUUUUGUCGGGAGAUCGGUGUGCGUAACAUUCGGGAGUUUGAGGAAGAGAAGGUGAAGAGGCAGAAUGAGAUCGCCAAGAAGCGUUUGGAGUUUGAGAAUCAGAAGACUCGCUUGGGCAUCCAGUUGGACUUUGAAAAGAACCAACUGAAAGAGGACCAGGAUAAAGUACACAUGUGGGAGCAAACGGUGAAAAAGGAUGAAAAUGAGAUAGAAAAGCUCAAGAAGGAGGAACAAAGACACAUGAAGAUCAUAGAUGAGACCAUGGCCCAGCUGCAAGAUCUAAAGAAUCAGCACCUGGCCAAGAAGUCAGAGGUGAAUGACAAGAAUCACGAGAUGGAGGAGAUUCGUAAGAAACUGGGGGGCGCCAACAAGGAAAUGACCCAUUUACAAAAGGAGGUGACAGCCAUUGAGACCAAGCUUGAACAGAAGCGCAGUGACCGCCACAACCUGCUACAGGCCUGCAAGAUGCAAGACAUCAAGUUGCCACUGUCCAAGGGCACCAUGGAUGAUAUUAGUCAGGAAGAGGGUAGCUCCCAGGGGGAGGAUUCUGUGAGUGGUUCUCAGCGAACUUCCAGUAUCUAUGCACGAGAGGCCCUCAUCGAAAUUGACUACGGUGACCUGUGUGAGGAUCUGAAGGAUGCUCAGGCUGAGGAGGAGAUCAAGCAGGAGAUGAACACACUGCAGCAGAAGCUGAAUGAGCAGCAGAGCGUGCUGCAGCGUAUCGCCGCCCCCAACAUGAAGGCCAUGGAAAAGCUGGAAAGUGUCCGAGACAAGUUCCAGGAGACCUCGGAUGAGUUUGAGGCAGCCCGAAAGCGAGCCAAGAAGGCCAAGCAGGCAUUCGAACAGAUCAAGAAGGAGCGCUUUGACCGCUUCAAUGCUUGUUUUGAAUCUGUGGCCACCAACAUUGAUGAGAUCUAUAAGGCCCUGUCCCGCAACAGCAGUGCCCAGGCAUUCCUGGGCCCUGAAAACCCUGAGGAGCCCUAUUUGGAUGGCAUUAACUACAACUGUGUGGCUCCUGGCAAACGCUUCCGGCCCAUGGACAACUUGUCAGGCGGAGAGAAAACUGUGGCAGCUUUGGCCCUGCUCUUUGCCAUUCAUAGCUACAAGCCUGCCCCCUUCUUCGUCCUGGAUGAGAUUGAUGCCGCCCUGGAUAACACCAACAUUGGCAAGGUGGCCAACUACAUCAAGGAGCAGUCGACCUGCAACUUCCAGGCCAUUGUCAUCUCUCUCAAGGAGGAGUUCUACACCAAGGCCGAGAGCCUCAUUGGAGUCUACCCUGAGCAAGGGGACUGUGUGAUCAGCAAAGUCUUGACCUUUGACCUCACCAAGUACCCAGAUGCCAACCCCAAUCCCAAUGAGCAGUAGCAGUUCUGCCCUCCCACCCUAUCUGGAUCCCUAAGCUGCCCAUCUGCCAAUCUCUGGAUAUUUGGCUUCCAACCUUCCCUUACCUCCUCUCCCUGUUUGCUAUUGUCAUGGGAUUUAGGCGCUGCUAUUGAGCACAAAGAGGAACAGAGGUGAUGUUAAGUCUGGAGUAAAAACUCCUGAGCUACAGGGAGCAUCCUGGCCUCUGUAAGGAGGUGCUAAGCUAAACAGGGCCAUUGUCUAUCCCCUCCCCCCAAACCUCGCCUUCCAUCGGCCCAUAAUCAUGGGUCUGUGGGACCCCUUGCAUUUUGCUUGUGUGUGGGUAUGUGUGUGUACAUGUGGUUGUAUUUGCAAAAUAAUGAUAUGAUAUUGGAGACUCAUUUUAGAAGGAACCUAGGUUGGCCCUGGCUGGCGUGGCUCAGUGGUUGGAGCAUCAGCCUGCACACUAAAGGGUCCUGGGUUUGAUUCCCGGUCAAGGGCAUGUAUCUGGGUUGCAGGCUUGAUCCCCGCCCUGGGUCCGGGUGUGUGUGGGAGGCAACCAAUCAAUGUAUCUCUCACAUUGAUGUUUCUCUCUCCCACACUCCCCCCUCCCUUCCACUCUUUAAAAAUCAACCAGAAAAAAUAUCCUCAUUUCUCCAGUGAGGAUUUAAAAAAUAAUAAUAAUAAGGAACCUAGGUUGAAUUUGACUCCAAGAGAGCUUUGUAUGACCGCCCCCCAGAACUGGGCAAAGGUAUUCAGGACCUCAUAGGAAGGAGUCAGGCAGUCACAUGAGACUGCCUGUAUCCCCUCAUUUGUGUUUUCAUUUAUUUGUGUAUUUAUCAAACACAUUGAGCAUGCUGUUUGUCAGGCUCUCUGAUAGGAAUGCAGAGCUGAGUCAUGUGAUCCCUCCUAAGGAGAUACGUUGGGUUCAGGAGUUCCUGUGGUUAGCUGAAUCAUGUAUAGGCACUUUGAAUUUGAGGAGACCACCACCUCCAGGCUUCCUGGAGAAGGUCGGAUUGGAACUGGGCAUUAAUAAAUCGGUAGGAUUUGGUCAGGCACUAGGAACAGGGCCUGGGCACUAGGAGCAAAGCCCGGGCUCUAGGGACAGACAGUUGCAGGUUCUAGUCCCGUUUUUUAAAAUUCAGAGGUAGAAAAAGUAAUUCCUAGAAGAAAUGGGUGUAGGAAACAACAGUAGAGGUAACAGAAGGGCUCUAGGCGCUUGGGAGCGAGGAAGGUAAUGGUAAUGCGCUUGGGGGGGUGGGGUGGGGGGGGAAGAAGCGCAGAUGUGCUUCCAGGAGGGAGAGCCCUAGUCCCAUUUUUUUAGUCACUCACUCGUGUGACAUUGGGCAAGUCAUUUGACCUUUCUGUGCCUCACUGUUUCCUCAUCUGUAAAAUAGGGCUAACAGUAUUACCUACCUCACAUAGGUUUUAAUGAUGUCAAGCUUCUCACUGGAGGCCUUACCCCUGCCUGGAGCCCACUAGGUGCUGAACCCUCAGAAUACAGCCUUCUCAUAUCUGGAUCCCUGAGGGCUUCUGAUCCCAAUUGUUAGGAACAGAAGGAGCCUCCAAAUCUGGGAGAUGCUGAAUGUCCUGGUUACUAGGAAAGUCCUGGGCACUGAUGGGGGAGGGGUUACCUGGUACGUGGACGGCCUAAGGAAAUCUGUAGCUUCAAUCGUAUAUAAUAACUGGGUGCCCGGGCCCCAACCUGAUUGUGAGGAAGUAGGGAGAGGUGGCCUGGGCCACACCCUAGCCAAACACAUUGAUGUUCGUUUUGGGAACUAGAUGCAUUAACUGCAGGGACCGUGCUGGGCACAGCCCGCUGCCACGAGGUCAGUCUGCAUUUGUUCACACACACCACCAGACCAUCACCCUGUCCUGAUCUGCAUACUGCAUAGUUGUUUUUGAAAAGUUAAGUCAGUUCUAAUUGCUCAAGUCAUCCUUGAAUCCACUCUUUUUAAGAAAUUAGAUGAUUACAAAUAAAGGUAGCCCGCUCGCCGCCAUUUUCCCUCCCUCCCUUAACUGCUGUUCGUUUGUUGUACAUCUUUCUAUCUAGACUUUAAGAUUUUUACAUAUACUAAUUCAUUGGAAGUGUUAUUGUGUUUAAUGCAGACGAUAUAUAUGGACAUUUCCUACAAUUUGCUUUCUUGGCCUAAUGCUUUUGAGAUCAGUGCAUGUUGCUAAUAAAUUCAUGCCAUCCUUUUUAAUCACUGUAUAGAUCGCCGUCAUAAGACCAUUUUAUGGUUUUGAUAUUACAAAAUACAUAGGAGCAUUGUGUGUGUGUGCGUGUGUGUGUGUGUGUGUGUGUGUGUGUGUUUGUGUGUGUGAAAAUUUACCUGUGAUCAAUGCCUAGAAGUUGAAUUGAAAAAGUCAUAGGCUAUUUAUAUUUUUGUUUUUAAUAGAUACUUCCAAAUUGCCCUCCUGUACCACUUACUCAAUAUUUUUCUUCAGUUUGUCUUAGGUUUAAUAUCAUGAACUUCAGUUUUCAUCCGAAGUAGUGAUAUCAUGAAAUCACGGGUUUUAUGUGUUGUUAUGUUGUUUUUUAAUGCAUAUUAAAAGGUAUAAUCAAAACAAA